AUGGAAGUUUCGCCGGAUAACGACCAGGGUCACCCGUCGUCGGCGGGGAGCUCCGAUUGUUACGAUGACGAUGGCCGCAUCAAAAGAACCGGGACGGUGUGGACGGCGACCGCGCACAUCGUUACAGCGGUGAUCGGCUCCGGCGUGCUCUCGUUGUCCUGGGCCAUCGCGCAGCUCGGCUGGAUCAUCGGCCCGACCGUCAUGCUGCUCUUCUCCUUCGUCACCUACUACACGGCCGCCCUCCUCGCCGACUGCUACCGCUCUGGCGACCCCCUCUUCGGCAACCGCAACAGAAGCUACACCGACGCCGUCCGCGCUUUCCUCGGUGGCGGCAAGGUCAAGCUCUGCGGCUUCAUCCAGUACGCCAACCUCUUCGGCGUCGCCAUCGGUUACACCAUCGCUUCCUCCAUUAGCAUGACGGCAAUCGAGAGAUCGAACUGUUUCCACGAGCACGGCCACAGCGAUCCUUGCCGCACCAACAGCAAUCCCUACAUGAUCAUCUUCGGCGUCGUACAGAUCUUCCUGUCGCAGAUUCCCGGCUUCGAUGAGAUCUGGUGGCUCUCCAUCGUCGCCGCCGUCAUGUCCUUCACCUACUCCACUAUCGGCCUCGCCCUCGGCAUCGUCCAGGUCGUAGAGAAUAAGCGAUUCAAAGGAAACCUCACCGGAAUCCGCGUCGGCGAUGUGACGGAGAUGCAGAAGGCGUGGCGCAUCCUCCAGGCCUUCGGCGACAUUGCCUUCGCUUACUCCUUCUCCAUCAUCCUCGUAGAGAUCCAAGUAAGUUUCGGGAACUGA